ACCUCCGCCAAUGACGUCAGGAGAGCUAUUAAUAACGUGGGGAAGGCAUCCCCCUCCCUUCGGAGAAUGUGGGGCCAUUGUAUUUCGUGGGGCGAUGAUUGUCAAUACGGAGUAAUAUGGGGUAUGGGAUACAGCAACGAGAUACUGAUUAACGUAAUCCACCACCGAGCUGGUCACACCACCGAGCUGGUCAGCCACAACACCAACACCGAGUUUUUGACUAUUACUACCACCACCACCCACCACCACCUAAUGGCCGAUAUAUCUAGGGAGGAACGUCUUCAAUUGGCCCUUCAGGCCUAUAAAAAGGGCCAAUUUCCAUCAAUCCGAAAGGCUGCAGAUGCAUUUGACGUGCCUAAAAGCACCUUAAUAACACGUGUCAGUGGGACUACUUCUCGCAAAGAUUCAAUCGCCAAUUGUCGAAAAUUG